AUGUACAUCAUAGGGAACUUCCUCUACAUCGCCGUCCUCCUUAUCAACGCCAUUGCCAUCCUCUCUGAAGACCGCUUCCUCGCGCGUAUCAACCUCUCCCCCUCUUCCUACGACCCGAGCUUUGGCGCAAGCACCGACGCCAGUGUCAAGGCGAAGAUCAUUAACCUGAUCGCCAGCGUACGGACUCUCAUGAGAAUACCGUUGAUCGGGAUCAACACCAUCAUCAUCUUGUACGAACUCAUCCUCGGCUAA